GGCCCAUCAAGGGAGGCCCACGGCCCAACCAAUCGACUGUCGAUCCUAAUGUAGGCGAGAGGGAGCAGUUGGGCUCCCGCCAAUCUCUCUUCACCUCUACUCCGCGCCCAACGUCCCCUCCCCUGUCCAACUCAUAUCCGCCCCUCCUGAAUCCCCUCUCACCGUCCGCAUCCACAGCCUCUCACCGCCCCGCCCUCUCCUCCUCCCUUUCCCCACCGCACACAUGCGACCUCCUCCUCUCCGUCCCUCGUAGCCCAUCUCCCCAUCUCCUCCUCCCUCCUCCACCGCCCCCUCCUCCUCAUCCUCGAUGGGGAACUGCUUCACCAAGAAGCCCGCCGACCCCGCCACGCCUACCGAUGCCGACACCCCCGCCCACGCGCCGGACCCGAGCCCGGCCCCGGAUGACGCCCCCGUCCAAACGGCACCCGUACCCACCGCCGCCUUCAGCCCGCCCCCUAAGCCGGCCGCUCCCAUCGGCCCCGUGCUCGGCCGGCCCAUGGAGGACGUCCGCGCCACUUACUCCCUCGGGAAGGAGCUGGGGCGCGGCCAGUUCGGCGUCACCCAUCUUUGCACCCACAAGGCCACCGGGGACAAGUACGCCUGCAAGACCAUCGCGAAGCGUAAGCUCGCCAACAAGGAGGACAUCGAGGACGUCAGGAGGGAGGUCCAGAUCAUGUACCACCUGUCGGGGCAGCCCAACAUCGUGGAGCUGAAGGGGGCUUUCGAGGACAAGCAGUCGGUGCACCUCGUCAUGGAGCUGUGCGCGGGAGGGGAGCUGUUCGAUCGCAUCAUCGCCAGGGGCCACUACACGGAGCGGGCGGCCGCGUCGCUGCUGAGGACGAUCGUGCAGAUCGUCCACACCUGCCAUUCCAUGGGGGUGAUGCAUAGGGACCUCAAGCCCGAGAACUUCCUCUUGCUGAACAAGGAUGAGGAUGCGCCGCUCAAGGCCACCGACUUUGGGCUCUCUGUUUUCUUCAAGCAAGGUGAGGUAUUCAAAGACAUAGUUGGCAGUGCAUAUUACAUAGCACCUGAGGUCCUCAAGCGAAGAUAUGGGCCAGAAGCUGAUAUUUGGAGCAUAGGAGUGAUGCUUUACAUUUUUCUCUGUGGAGUUCCUCCAUUCUGGGCUGGUGCUUCUUCAUCUAUUCAAAUAAUUCUUGUUUGUGCUGCCAAAGUCAUGAAACCAAAAAGUCAAACUAAUAUUUAUUCUAUCAGAAUUGACUUUACAAGUGACCCAUGGCCUAACAUUUCACCUGGUGCUAAGGAUCUUGUGAGAAAGAUGCUGAACUUGGACCCCAGACAGAGGCUGACAGCAUUUGAAGUUCUCAACCAUCCAUGGAUCAAGGAAGAUGGAGAAGCACCUGACACACCACUUGACAAUGCUGUCCUCAACAGGCUGAAACAAUUUAGAGCAAUGAACCAGUUUAAGAAAGCUGCCCUAAGGGUAAUAGCAGGAUGUUUAUCAGAGGAAGAGAUCAAAGGGCUGAAGGAAAUGUUUAAGAAUAUGGACUCUGACAAUAGUGGAACUAUAACUCUCGAAGAACUAAAACAAGGUCUUUCCAAGCAAGGAACAAAGCUGUCGGAGUAUGAAGUCAAACAGCUGAUGGAAGCUGCUGAUGCAGAUGGGAACGGAACUAUCGACUAUGAGGAAUUUAUUACAGCGACAAUGCACAUGAACAGAAUGGAUAGAGAAGAGCAUCUAUAUACAGCAUUUCAGUACUUUGAUAAGGACAACAGCGGUUAUAUCACAAAGGAAGAACUUGAGCAAGCUCUAAAAGAGAAAGGACUAUACGACGGCAAGGAAAUCAAGGAUAUAAUUGCUGAAGCUGAUGUUGACAAUGAUGGAAGAAUAAAUUAUGAUGAGUUUGCAGCUAUGAUGAGAAAAGGGAACCCUGAGACAAAUCCAAAGAAAAGAAGAGAUGUGUUCUAUUAAUCUGAGAAUGGAAAAGAGAAGUGAGAGGACCAGUGUUGUUUGAACU